GCACAUGCUAGCAGCAGACACGACGGGGAAAUUUCUUGAAAACAUUUAAAUUGAGAGUUAUUGAUGUAAGCUUCCAGUUUUGUUUUAGUUUUGUUUGUUUGUUUUUUUAAAUUGUGGCUGCGGCUUAUAGUAUGGUGCGCUGUACAGUCCGGAAAAUACGUACAUAAACUCCAACAAUGUUUGUGGCUGUUAUGUAGCAAACUUUUAAAAUCAGUUCAGUUGUUUUUCACUGUAAUAUGUUUUCCAUCGUCAGCCGUUUCUCACCACCGUUUUAAUUAAGUUUUACUUUCCCACCAACAAUUUCCUGGGAAUAGCAGGAUUUCUGAUAAGGAGGCUGAGGAAAACGACGCUGCCCUACCUUCCCAAAAGUCUUAUCAGGUGCUGUGAUGAAGGGGAGCCGGAUUCACAGAGGAGUUGAGCUGUGCCACAUUCCCCCUGAUGAGUUCAUCUGGUUCUGUUACUUCUCUACCCAGCCUUAGUAACUUUGCUGCAGAUUCUGCUUGGUGUCUCACUGGAUUCUUCCAAUCUACAGCCUGAGCGCAGGCGAAUUCACCAGAGCCCUGCUUCAUUAUGUGUUUGGUUUCAAACUGACUGUGAAGAAGUGUACUGGGCCCCUGGGAGCCGUAUACCAACCACUGACUCACACUUUGCUUGCUCUCUCAUUUUUCCACACGUUGGGUUUGGAUGGCAUCAGCACACUCUGCUGACGUCUAAAGAAAUGCUGCUGGAUCAUUUAGAUGCGCUGAAUCCAAAACUCACACUGGUUUUACCCAAUCAGGUCAACUUUCUGAGGAGUCGCAACAUUGGUGUGGAUGCUAACCUCCAGCAAAGGAAGGACAAAAGACUGGUAAAGAAAUCUACUGCGGUGGCGGGUCGUUCUCUGAGAGGUGAAGACGUCGGCAGGCCGGAGGGGUCGGCCGGGUCGCCGCUGCUGUCAGCGAUGGCGUUUUCCCUCCUUGCUCUCUUCUUCCUCAUCAGCUCUGUCUCCAGCCUACCUCAGCCUGUGGCAAGAGUUUUCCUGUCCUUUGGAGAUCUGAAGGGAUCGCAGUCGUUUGAACACUUCAGUAUAUCUGACAAGGCCAUGGACUACAGGAUCCUGCACAUGGAUGAGGACCAGGACAGGAUGUAUGUGGGCUGCAAGGACCAUGUUCUCUCCAUGGACCUCAACAACAUCACCCAUGGCACACUUAAGUUGUUUUGGCCUGCAUCUACGAGCAAAAUACAAGAAUGUCAAAUGGCAGGAAAGGACUCUACACACGGCUGUGGGAAUUUUGUCCGUGUGGUGCAGCCUUACAACAGAACUCAUCUGUUUAUGUGUGGCAGUGGAGCCUACAGCCCCGUCUGUGUGUACAUCAACAGAGGCCGAAGACCAGAGGAACAAGUGUUUUAUGUCGACUCGGAGAUGGAAUCAGGAAAAGGGAGGUGCUCCUUCAAUCCUCAAGUCAACACUGUCUCCGUCAUGAUCAAUCAGGAGCUGUUCUCAGGCAUGUACAUCGACUUUAUGGGGACAGAUGCUGCCAUCUUCAGGAGCCUGACCAGGAGAAAUGCAGUGCGAACAGAUCAGCAUAACUCCAAGUGGCUCAGUGAACCAGUUUUCAUUGACGCCCAGCUCAUUCCAGACGGAACUGACCCAAACGAUGCCAAGUUGUAUUUUUUCUUCCGCGAGAGGUUAACAGAUAACGAGGGGAACACUAAAAACAUCCACACCAUGGUGGCCAGAGUGUGUCCUAAUGACACCGGAGGGCAGCGCAGCCUCGUCAACAAGUGGACCACCUUCCUGAAAGCCAGGAUGGUGUGUUCGGUUCUGGAGGACGACGGCACCGAAACGCACUUUGAUGAACUGGAGAGCGUGUUUUUGCUGGAGACGGAUCAGCCCAAAGGCUUGCUGGUGUUUGGAGUCUUCACUUCCACAAGCUCCGUCUUCAAAGGGUCAGCAGUGUGUGCAUACAACAUGGCGGACAUCCUGACCGUGUUCAACGGGCCGUUCGCUCACAGAGACGGACCCAACUUCCAGUGGGUGGCUUUCCAGGGCCGCAUUCCCUACCCGAGGCCCGGGACAUGUCCCGGCGGAGCCUUCACUCCCGACAUUCACACCACGAAGGAAUUCCCAGAUGAUGUGGUGAACUUUGUCCGGAACCAUCCGGUCAUGUUCAACGCCAUCUACCCGGUGGGACGGAGACCCCUGGUGGUCCGCACCGGCGCCAGCUACAGGUACACGGCUGUGGCGGUGGACCAGGUCAUGGCUGCAGACGGGAACUACCAGGUGCUUUUCCUGGGAACAGACAAAGGGACGAUCCAGAAGGUGAUCGUUCUGCCUAGCAACCGGUCCCUGCAUGGCGAUCUGGUCCUGGAGGAGCUGGAAGUGUUUAAGAAUCAAGCUCCUGUCACAAACUUGAGAAUCUCGUCCAAAAAACAACAGCUCUACAUCAGCUCUGAGUUCGGGGUCUCGCAGGUCUCCCUGCACCGUUGCCAUGCCUACGGCUCGGCUUGUGCAGACUGCUGCCUCGCCAGGGACCCCUACUGCGCCUGGGACGGGCUGAGCUGCUCGCGCUUCUACCCCACCGGGAAAAGGAGAAGCAGGAGGCAGGACAUAAUGCACGGAAACCCACUCACUCAGUGUAGAGGAUUCAACUUAAAAGCGUACAGGAACGCCGCAGAGAUGGUGCAGUAUGGCGUGAAAAACAACACCACCUUCCUGGAGUGCGUUCCAAAGUCUCCUCAGGUGUCCAUUCGCUGGAUCAUUCAGAGGGACAACGACAGGAGGAAAGAGGUGAAGCUGAACGAUCGGAUCCUCUCCACUGAGCACGGCCUCCUGAUCCGCUCCGUCCAGCAGUCCGACCGCGGCCUGUACUACUGCCUGACCACCGAGAACGGCUUCAAGCGCACCGUCGCCAAGAUCCGCCUGCAUGUGCUGAGUGACGCCAUGGUGAGCGUUCUGGCGGACAAGCAGCAGGCGCCCUGGGCCUGGGCCCGCGCCGCGCACCCCAAAGCCCUGCUGGCUGCCUUCAGCCCCGCUGAGAAUCUGGCCGUUCAGCAGUACUGCAAAGAGAGGAAGGACUUCCAGAAGCUUCAGCAGAGGCAGCAGCAGCAGCAGCAGCAGCAGCAGCAGCAGCCACCCGGGCCCCUCAGGGGGGACCUGGCCAAACUGAGGCCCCUAUUGGACCGGAGGAAGAGCCGCAACAGACGCAAUCACCUCCCUGAGGUGUGACGCAUGGCAGCUAGCAGCAGCAGAAACUGCCACACACACCUCCUCUGCCCUUCAAAGCGACUCCAGACCCGCUGCAGACGUUAAAAUACAACCAGAAGGUUGUAUUUAAAGAGAUUUAAUCCCACAAAAUCCAGUUUUCUCACAUGAGGUAAUGCGACCAGAUGGCUGUGAUCUUUCAGCCACGGGUUUUUGUUUUGCUUUGAUCGUCACAACACGAUAGGAAGCGGACGUGCUGCGACUUCCUCUGAUAAACUCUGCGCUCAGAGGAUAACUCACCUUAAAUACAGCGGCUUAAAUACGUUUAAUGGACCUUUAUCUAUUGCUGUUGUAAUUGAAAAAGGUUCAGAAGAGACAUGAAUGCAUUUUCAGAUAGAAAUAUCCAAGUACGAGAUCACACUUUGUGUUCAUUUCUCUGUUCCUGAGUCGACAAACAUAGUUAUUAUAACAGGUGCAUCAUAAAUAUCUACAGCCUCUUCUUAGGCUUUUUCUCUCCUGGUAAAAAUCUAUAAAAAUUCCUCAUUUAUUGUAGGAAAAUAAACACGCUGAAAAGCUGAAGCAAAACCCGUUCACUCUAUUAAGGUUUCCAGGGUUUCUGGAAGAGAAACUAGCCCACAGCAUUACAGAUCCUCCACUGUACUGAACUGGAGGUAUCAGGUUCUCCCCCACACAAUAACCAUUCAGGGUCAGUUUAGUUUUCAUCCCACUAACAUUUCUAUUCCUUUAUAUUUAAACUCUGCUCUACUGUGGAUCACUUAAAGGUUUAAAAGGUACUUUGGAGAGUGUGACAUAGCUUAACAGCGUAGAAUAGCAUAACACAAAUAAAAAUAUUAUGUAAAGAGGCCUUAAGGAACAAAACACAAAAACCAAUUAGGAAAUCUGUCUCACCAAAAACAACAAAUGUAUAAUCUGUGCUAUAAAUCAAAUCUUUUAAUUUUUAUUAUUAGUUUUGCAAAAUCUUCUGGUGUAUUUUUUUGUGUUUUGUGCCUCCUGGCUGCACAGCAACUUUAAAGGAGGUCCGCUCUGUUAUGAAGCUGCAUAUCUCUUCAUUUCUUCCAUAUUUCUGUCUUAAAGAAAUGUUCAUCUGUAAUCUGACGGUCUGUUGAUCUGUGUCUGGGUUCCUUUUAAAAAACAAACUGAUGUUUCAGUGAACAGCUUGGAGGUGAAGGAGUCAAGGCCGUGUCGCUCAGCACACUUUUUCACUCUUCAGUAAUGUGGAAAUACCUUUUUCAGACAUAGUGAGGUAGUCUGAGUUAGACAUUUUGCAUUUGUGAAUAGUUUUUUUUUUUCCAACCUAUAGAUGGUGUAGAUAGAAAAUAUGGCUUUUGUACAAAGUAUUUUAUGUUUCUUUAGUGUUUUAAAUUAAUAUUCUUGCCAAGUUUGGUCAAAAUUGUUUGUUUUUUGUACAUAACUUUGGUGUUAUUUACCAGCUAUGACCGCAUCUGUGAUUUCAAAAGAUUUUAAAGCAGCAUGCAUGUUCCCUCAGUCAGUCUCUGCUUUACAUGUCAGACUUUUCAUUUCAACUCUGCGUAAUUUUAUUGUCAUAAAUUCUAUGUAUUUGUAUUUAUUAAUGUCGUAGCCUGAAUAAAUCUGUUCAAGUGAAGCUCAG